AUGAGAAAAUACACAGUCAUCGACGAAAACUACACAGUUAUCGAGAACAACUACACAGUUAUCGAGGACAAGUCACAGUCAUUGAGGACAACUACACAGUCAUCGAGGACAAUCACAGUCAUAGAGGACAACUACACAGACAACUACACAGUUAUCGAAGACAACUACACAGUUGUCGAGGACAACUACACAAUUAUCGAGGACAACUACACAAUUAUCGAGGACAACUACACAGUUAUCGAGGACAACUACACAGUUAUCGAGGACAACUACACAGUUAUCGAGGACAAUGUAUAUUAG